AUGGCCUCCAACAACAUGAUCAAUCCCGCCGUGGACCCCAACCUCGAGGACGAGCUCUUCGCCAAGGAGGUUGCCGAGGUCAAGAAGUGGUGGAGCGAACCAAGAUGGCGACACACCAAGCGGCCCUUCACGGCCGAGCAGAUCGUCAACAAGAGGGGCAACCUCAAGAUUGAGUACGCCAGCAAUGCCCAGAGCAAGAAGCUAUGGCAGAUUCUCGAAAAGCGCUUCCAGAACCGCGAUGCCAGCUACACAUAUGGCUGCUUAGAGCCGACAAUGGUCACCCAGAUGGCCAAGUACCUCGACACAGUCUACGUUUCGGGCUGGCAGUCGUCGUCGACCGCCUCUUCCUCUGACGAGCCCGGCCCAGAUCUUGCCGACUACCCCUAUACCACCGUCCCUAACAAGGUCGGCCACCUGUUCAUGGCUCAGCUCUUCCACGACCGCAAGCAACGGCAAGAGCGCUUGUCGGUGCCCAAGGCCCAGCGCGCAAAGCUCGCCAACAUUGACUACCUCCGCCCCAUCAUUGCCGAUGCCGAUACUGGCCACGGCGGUCUGACGGCUGUCAUGAAGUUGACCAAGCUCUUCAUCGAGAAGGGUGCUGCUGGCAUCCAUAUUGAAGACCAGGCCCCUGGCACCAAGAAGUGCGGCCAUAUGGCUGGCAAGGUGCUGGUGCCCAUCAGCGAGCACAUCAACCGCUUGGUUGCUAUCCGCGCGCAGGCAGACAUAAUGGGCUCUGACCUGAUCGCCAUCGCUCGCACCGACGCCGAGGCCGCAACGCUCAUCACGACGACCAUCGACCCGCGCGACCACGCCUUCAUCCUGGGCUCGACCAACCCCGACCUGAAGCCACUCAACGACCUGAUGCUCGCCGCCGAGAAGGAGGGCAAGUCGGGUGACGCGCUACAGGCCAUCGAGGACGAGUGGCUGGCGCAGGCCAAACUCAAGCGCUUUGACGACGCCGUGCUCGACGCCAUCGCCGAAGGUGGCUAUCCCAACGCUAAGGGCCUCGCCGAGCAGUACAAGAAGGCCGUCCAGGGCAAGCAGCUGUCCAACACGGAGGCGCGCGCCGUCGCCCGCGGCAUCCUGGGCAAGGACAUUUACUUUGACUGGGACGCGCCGCGCACCAGGGAGGGCUACUACCGCCUCAAGGGAGGCUGCGAUUGCUCCAUCAACCGGGCCAUCGCCUACGCCCCCUACUGCGACGCCAUCUGGAUGGAGAGCAAGCUGCCGGAUUACAAGCAGGCUGAAGAAUUUGCCAAGGGCGUGCACGCCGUCUGGCCAGAGCAGAAACUCGCCUACAACCUGUCCCCCUCCUUCAACUGGAAAACCGCCAUGUCACGCGACGAGCAAGAAACAUACAUCCGCCGGCUGGCCAAGCUGGGCUACUGCUGGCAGUUCAUUACCUUGGCGGGCCUGCACACGACGGCGCUCAUCAGCGACCGGUUCGCGCGCGCCUACGCGGAACAGGGCAUGCGCGCCUACGGCGAGCUCGUCCAGGAGCCCGAGAUGGAUUUGGGUAUUGAUGUGGUCAAGCACCAGAAGUGGAGCGGCGCGGCGUAUGUGGAUGAGCUGCAGAAGAUGGUCACGGGGGGUGUCUCGAGUGUGGCGGCUAUGGGGAAGGGGGUUACGGAGGAUCAGUUUCACUGA